AUAAUCUGAAACCCUAAAACCCUACACAGACCUUUCACUAAAAUCGCAACAUCAUGGGGAAGGUGAAAGGCAAGCAUAGGUUGGACAAGUUCUACCGGCUCGCCAAGGAGCACGGUUACCGUUCCCGUGCCUCAUGGAAGCUGGUUCAGCUCGACUCCAAGUUCUCCUUCCUUCAUUCUUCACGCGCAGUCCUCGAUCUCUGCGCCGCCCCUGGUGGUUGGAUGCAGGUCGCAGUCCAACGCGUCCCCGUCGGCAGUCUCGUUCUCGGUAUCGACCUUGUGCCUAUUGCCCCUAUACGCGGCGCACUAUCUUUCGAGCAGGACAUAACCAAGCCUGAGUGCAAGGCCAAAAUUAAGAAGAUCAUGGACCAGCAUGGGGUUAGGGCCUUCGAUUUGGUCAUCCACGAUGGUUCUCCCAAUGUCGGUGGUGCCUGGGCUCAGGAGGCAAUGAGCCAGAACGCGCUCGUCAUUGAUUCCGUUAGGCUCGCAACACAGUUCUUGGCUCCGAAGGGAACUUUCGUUACUAAAGUUUUCAGGUCCCAAGACUAUAGUUCUGUCCUCUACUGCCUCAAGCAGUUAUUUGAGAAGGUUGAGGUUGAUAAACCAGCAGCAAGUCGUUCAGCUUCUGCAGAGAUAUAUGUUUUGGGUCUAAAGUACAAGGCCCCUGCAAAGAUUGAUCCACGUCUUCUAGAUGUGAAGCAUUUGUUUCAGGGAUCUAUAGAGCCGCCCCGAAAGGUGGUGGAUGUGCUUAGAGGUACAAAGCAAAAGAGACAUCGUGAUGGCUAUGAAGAUGGAGACACCACUUUGAGGAAAGUGUCUUCGGCUGCAGAUUUCAUUUGGUCAGAUGCUCCUCUGGAGAUACUUGGUUCUGUUACUUCCAUAGCCUUUACCGAUGAGGCUUCCUUGCCCAUUAAGGAUCACGCUUUAACAACAGAAGAAGUUAAAACUCUGUGUGAUGAUCUGCGUGUUUUGGGAAAGCAAGACUUCAAGCAUUUAUUGAAGUGGCGUCUGCACAUGAGAAAGGCCCUUUCUCCUUCACAAAAGACCACUGCGGCGGCAGCAGCAGCAGCAGAUGGUGGUAAAAAAGACACAGAUGGUGGUAAAAAAGACGUGGAUGACGAUGAUAAAUUGCUGAAUGAGAUGGAAGAGUUGACGUAUGCCAUGGAGCGCAAGAAGAAACGGGAGAAGAAGCUUCUUGCUAAAAGACGAGCUAAGGACAAGGCACGAAAGGCUACAGGAAUGCAAAUAGAUGCAAUGGAAGAUGGUUAUACUGAUCAUGAGUUGUUCUCGCUCUCUUCCAUAAAGGGAAAGAAAGAUCUGGUAGCUGUUGAUUCUACUGAAUAUGAUGAUGAGAAUGGUGAUUUAGGUGAUAGUGAUAAGGAAGAGAGCCCUGAAGACCACCGGGAUCACUCUUCCGGUGAGAUAGAUUCUGACGAAGAACGCAAAAGGUAUGAUGAACAAAUGGAAGAGAUUCUCGACCAGGCUUAUGAACGAUUUGUGGCUAAAAAGGAUGGGAGUACUAAACAGCGGAAACGUGCAAAACAAGCUUAUUCUGAUCAACUUUUGGAGGGUGAUGGAGGCGAUGGUAUUGUUCACUCUGAUUAUGAUUCAGACAAGGAUAAUGUUGACGAUGAAGCAAACCCUCUUGUGGUGCCACUUGAUGAUGGGGAAGCACCAACUCAAGAGGAGAUCACAAACAAGUGGUUUAGUCAGGAUGUUUUUGCCGAAGCUGUGCAGGAGGGUGAUUUAGGGAAAUAUGAUAGUGAAGAUGAAAUGCAGGUUGAUGGACGGGUGGAAAAACUUCAUGUUGCAGAGAAGGCCAAGAAAAAAACGGCUGACCAUGCUGUUGGGUCCACCCGUGCUCAACCACAAGCUCACAAGGGUGAAGAUGACUUUGAAAUAGUCCCUGCUCCCGGUACCGAUUCAAGUGAUGACUCCUCGUCGGAUGAAUCGGAAGAUUACGAUGUUGAUGCUAAAGCUGAAAUUUUGGCUUGUGCAAAGAAGAUGUUGAGAAAGAAACAAAGGGAGCAGUUACUUGAUGAUGCAUACAAUAGGUAUAUGUUUGAUGAUACAGGCUUGCCCAAGUGGUUUUUGGAUGAAGAAAAGAGGCACCGACAGCCAAUCAAGCCUGUCACAAAAGCGGAGAUUGAUGCAAUGAAAGCACAGUUCAAAGAAAUUGAUGCCCGACCUGCUAAGAAAGUGGCUCAAGCCAAAGCCCGAAAGAAGCGGGUUGCCAUGAGAAAACUUGAGAAGGUACGCAAGAAGGCAAAUACAAUAGCAGACCAGGCAGACAUAUCUGAUCGUUCAAAGACAAAGUUAAUUGAUCAACUAUAUAAGAAGGCAGCGCCCAAGAGACCUAAAAAGGAAUAUGUGGUUGCGAAGAAAGGAGUCCAAGUCAAAGUUGGCAAGGGAAAAGUUCUUGUUGAUCCACGAAUGAAGAAGGAUUUAAAGAGAGGUGGAAUGGGAAGAUCAGGGAAAGGCAAGAAGGGUAAGGGCACGAAGGCUCAAAAAGGUAAAGGAUCAGCAAAGGCUUCAAAGAUGGGAAAGAAGGGAAACAGCGGCAAAAAGGGUACGCGUCCCUAAGCUGGUGUGAUUCAUAGAAACUCUAGUUAUCUUUCUAGAUAUCACCCCAAUAAAUUCAUCUGUCCUGUAACGAUGAGUGAUUUAGUUUUUUAGUUCGGUUGCAAUUUUUGUUUGUUUAAGUUACUGUUCAACAUUGUAAUGAGUUUUUUCGAAUCUAUUUGGUGUUAAUGUGCCUCUCUAACUAGAAAUGGGAGGAAGGAUUUUGUGAUCUUGUUAUUCA